CGGACCAUUUAGCCAAUCGGUGCGCAUGCGCGAAACAAAUGCUGUUACGAAAAACUAAAUUUGGGGUUGUUUCGUUUAGGAAACUGAACAAAAGGGAGUUAUUCAGCUGGAGCGAUGGCAGAGGAAGACGAGGGCAGUCCGAACAAGGGUUUUAAGCUCUUGGGGAUCCUGGACGUUCAGAGGAUCCCAUGUUCCAGAGAGGCCAUCCUUCACGGAGCCGGAGGCUCACUAGCUGCUGGCAUGCUUUAUUUUCUAGCUACCAGUCGAGUGAGGAGGUCUUUUGACGUGGGGUUUGCUGGUUUCAUGAUCACCACUCUUGGUUCCUGGUUUUACUGCAGGAUAAGCAACGCUAAACUACGAGUGCAGCAGAGGUUUUUACAGGAAGGCAUCAAGAACAAGGUCGUGUAUGAAGGAACUGUUUUAGAUCCCACAAAGAAACCUAAACCUGAAGCACCUUCAGCUCCGCCAUGAUGCCACUGAACUCCUCCUCCCUUAGACGAAAGGAAUAACGGGACAAGAGAGACUCUGUCAGGGUCAACUGACUCUACAUGUGUUUGAAGACAAUGAAAAAUAAUAUUUAAUGGAUGAAUUUUUUUUAUGCCUUUGAAAUUUCAUUAAACUUUCUGCCAAACCCGUAGGUUGGUAUAAUUACUGGCAGUAAUUUUUUCUUUUUUUCUCCCCAAACAAAAAGUGUUCUUCUGUCUGACUCAGAUGUUGUUCCUCCCAACAGUCGGAUUAUAAUAGAAUGGGCUUAGUCUGUUAUUGAUUUUAUUAUUUAAAGAAAAUGAAUAAAAUUUAAAUUUAACACUUGAA